UGAUAAUAUCCGGAGUAGGAACUCCCACGUGUAAUCACGUGGUAUGAAAAAUUUAUAACUAGGCAGUUAUAAAAAUCCACAUGGAGGAAGAUAAACUUAGACUCCAUAUACUGCCUUUGGAAGAUCCUGAUGAUGUCACUUGCAUGACAUUUGUGCUCCAAGAUGAAGACCACACCCUUGGGAACGCCCUCCGCUGGAUACUCAUUAAAAAUCCUGACGUCAGUUUCUGUGGAUAUAGUACACCUCAUCCAUCAGAGAGAAAAAUAAAUCUUAGAAUACAAACGACUGGGAUUUCUGCAACUGAAGUUUUAAGGAGAGGCCUGGAAGAUUUAAGAGAACUCUUCCAACACAUUCACAAGACCUACGAGGCAUCAGUACAACAAUUCAAAGCAGAUGAGACUUAAAGAAAAACAAUUCAGAUUAUUAUUAUUGAUUUUAUUAAAAUUGAGUGGGCAGUAUAUUAUCUGGAUGAGCUCAUAAUGA